AUGUUCAAUCUAUCCCAUCAGUCUGGCUACACCAGGCGUGGAUCCUACCCCAGACGUGGGAGGAUUUCAUUUCAAGUCCUCAUAAUUAUGUUCAUCUUCGGUUACUUCUGCAAGACGACCCUAUAUUCUCUUGAAGACUACUACGCGGGAGCCUGCAACCGAGAUACCGAAACGUUCUCUGGGGAGCCGUUCGCUGGACCGUCACGUCGAGAGAAAGAAAGGCCACACCACGCACAAUCAGAAGCGGCCUCAUAUGUAGGUUGGGAAAAGCCAAUUGAUGAUGGCUUUGACAGAGACCACAAUGAUCAUUUCGUUGAAGCGUUGGAGAAUAUGCUUUCCAUACUACCAGACGAGCCUGAUAUUAAAGACGCGGUCGCGCCCAUUGAAGGAACAGGCGAGGAAAAGGUUAGAGAAGUUGGCGCUCGAGCGCGAAUUUUCAAAGACGCUUUCGAAGCCUGGGAAGCGCUUCAUAUCUUCCCCACACGAGAUCAGAUGUUUGUCCGUCAGGACACAUUGCAGUAUCUCAAAAGAAGCCCUAGUCUGGUAUCUCGGCAGCAACUGGAUCAAGCAAGUAUUAUUCAUCGAUAUGAGGAGUUUCACUCUUUUCUUACGCGCUUGUCAACACUUCUUUUUUCCUGGACAAUUCCCUACUUUCCAGACCUUACCACUCUUCACGCGCAACUUUGGAGUGGGGGUCAGGGCAUUGUCUUGACGGGCGGAGAUCAUCAGGCUGCCUAUCUGUUGACAUCUAUUCAAGCUUUUCGAAGCAUGGGUUGCGAUCUACCUGUCGAGAUAAUGUAUCUUGGAGAUGACGAUCUGGGACAUGAAAAUAGGCAAAAGCUGGAGGCAAUCGAUGGAGUUAUCACUCGCGACCUGAGCCCAAUGGUCAAUGAUAAAGGGUGGAAGCUCGCUGGAUGGGCUCUUAAGCCAUUUGCAAUCCUGCUCUCGAGUUUCCGCGAGGCAAUUUUCAUCGACGCGGACUCCCUCUUCCUCCGCGACCCCGCAAUUCUGUUUAAGGAUCCAGAUUAUAUGGAGACGGGAGCACUUUUCUUCAAGGAUCGAGUCAUUCAGCCGUCAUCUAAAAGAACGUGGCUGAAAAAGAUCCUGCCAACACCGGUAUCCAGCAAGAUCCGACAAAACCGUUUCUGGACUGGCGAGAGUAGUCAUAUGCAGGAAUCCGGCGUUGUGGUGAUUGAUAAGUGGGAGCAUUUUGUGGCUCUUUUGGUAAUCACCCGCAUGAACGGUCCAGAUCGCGAUGGAAAGAAAGAAGAGGGAAUAGUUGGUGUAUAUGAUAUGGUCUUUGGUGAUAAAGAAACAUUUUGGCUCGGUCAUGAACUUGUUGGUGAUACCAGUUAUGCUUUCCAUGAUGGCAAGGUUGCUGUGAUGGGAGUGGCUGAAGAAAAGCCGUCGGACGAUCCCGAGAAACAUAGCCAUGAACUACGAGAUACCGAGUCUGAACAGCCCAGGAGAGCCUUUUCCAUCUGUGCGCCACAACUGGUACAUUUGGACGGGGCAGGCCGACCACUUUGGUUCAAUGGCUGGAUCCUCCCGAACAAGUUCUCUGAUGACCCCAAUCUGCAACCGGUCAAUUUUGAAUCAUUCAUUACCGAGCCAAGUAACAUCAAGGGCUCUGGGCCUUGGGAAUUAAAGGGCAACAACAUUCUUUGCCUCACUUCAGACCAUUUCUUGAAUCUCACUACUGUUGAGAAGGAAGCUCUGGAUACUACAAUUCAGAUAGCGAAAAGGGUCGGUGCAAUUGGAGCUUAA